CGUAGGAUUCGUAUGAGCGCAGCUUCUUCCAUGCUUCAUGUCAGACAGUGAAGUUUGUAGGUGAGUGAAUGACAAGAUGCUCUUCAUUAAACAAGUAUUUAUUUAAAACCAGCAUAACUGCAAAUGCGUGCGUUUUCUUAACGUCAGUGAAGAGCAUUAACGUUAAACAUCUCAACUCGGCGAAAGCUUUAAUAACACGUGAAUGGCUAGCUAGCUAAGUGGCUAAGGUACGUCACGUGUGUUUUGCUAACUGGGAUCACUGUCGUUCAAACUCGUUGUGGUUUAGCUAUUGGUCGUAAGUGUAGUUCUAUCAACCUUUCUGGCGCUACUCGCAUGGCUGGCAGCAGGAUGAAGCUGGAGCUGUCCCGUGCAGUUCAGGGAAGAGGUCGGCUGGGUGUCCUGAAGGAGCUUGGCAAGACGGGGCAGCACUCUCUGGAGGUCCCUGGAUGUCUGCUGCACACACACCUGGGCACGGUGCCCCACCUCACCCAGGAAACACUGCUCACCCUGAGCAACCUCCCCUCGGUCACUCAGCUCACCCUGUCCAACAUAGCAGAGCAUCAGGAAGUAUUGGAGGAGUUCAAGGAUGGAUUCAAGAAAUUUGCAGGUCUUCAUGAUGCUGUGUUUUACUGCUCGCUUCACGACCCUGCGACUCCCUGCCCAACGGGUUACACCACCAACAAGACGGUGUCCGUGUGGGGCAGCGGUGGGCGGAUAGAACUGACGGUGGCCAAGUUCAUGGCUCUCCAGAAGACCGUGCAGCCAGACUGGUACCAGAGCAUGGCCGAUGGAGAGACCUGGGAGAACAACACCUCCCGCAAGAGGGUGCGAAAGUCAGUGGAUCGAACUCUUGCCCACCUGGAUGAGUGUCUGUUGGUUCACCAGAACUCACAGGAGUUGGAGGGAGUGGAGGUGUUCGGGGUGGUGGAGGGAGGAGACAUCCUGGAAGAGAGGGUGCGCUCAGGCAGGGAGACCGCCAAGAGGCCUGUGGCUGGAUUCUGCCUGGACGGCCUACAGACGGGCUCCAUGGACCAGGCCCUGAGGACCCAGCUCAUCACUGCUGUGACCAAGGAGCUGCCCGAGGACAAACCCAGACUGCUGCAGGGUGUAGGACGACCGGAUGAGGUGCUGGCAUGUGUGGAGGCCGGUGUGGACCUGUUCGAGAGUUUCUUCCCCUUCCAGGUGACCGAGCGAGGCUGUGCUCUUUGCUUCAGCUUCGACACCUCCCCGGACCCAGAGCUGGCGGGUAGAGCGGCCCCUGCAGUGCUGGAGCUGGAUGGAGAGAGAGACACGUCGGGGGCGACGCAACAGAAUGGAGAUUUAAAUCCUGACGAUCAAUCGCAGAUGACAUCCUUUGAGAUCAAUCUCAAAGGCGACAGAUACAAAGAUGACUUCAGGCCCCUGGUUGAGGGGUGUGGCUGCUACUGCUGUAAGAACCACCAUAGGGUGUACCUGCACCACCUGCUGGUGACCAAUGAGCUGCUGGCUGGAGUAUUGCUCAUGAUCCACAACACAGCCCACUAUCAUGCCUUCUUCGGCGCCCUCAGAGAAGCGCUGGCUAAUGAUAAAUUGGAAGUCCUGAAGAGACGGGUACUCGGGGAGAGAGGCGGGCAGACAGAAAUAAAUAAGACUGAUAAAUCAGAAUGAUAGGAGAGGGAUUGAUCCUGCUUUUCCUCUCAAGGAUCACUGGACUGCCAUGGCCAUACUCAAUCAAAGCUCUGCCGUACUACUGCAGAGACCUUGAGACCAAGUCCCUCCAUAUGUCUCUGAAGUCAUGUCUCAGAAGCACCUUUAGCAGAGGAGGAUGAAAAAACACAGCAUGUGAAGACGACCAUUUGAUGCAUGUCCUUUAAGUUUGUUUCCUUGUUUCACACCAGGAGUCUCUAACUCCUGAGCAGGUAUACGUCAACAGUAAUCAGAACUUUUUCAUUGAAAAGUUUGCCCGCUGCAGCUGAAAAUUAAACUUGUGGGCCAUAAAAGAAAGAGCAAAACGACACUAAAAUGCCCGAUAAAUUAGUCUAUGUGGAUUUGUCACCGUGAGUGACCAUCCCUUUCACAUUUCUCAUAAAAAAAACAUUUAUUAGCGCAGCUUUAAACUGGCAGACUGAGACUGAGGAACGGUUUUAUUAGUUUUUAAGUUUGCAAUACUAUAAUACAUAGCUAUUAUCUCAGUUAUGUCCAGUCUAAAUCGUUAUUGUGGGGAUUAGUUCCACAAAGUGUUUGUAUCAGUGGAUAAACUGAAAGCAAAGCUGAAAAUGAUAACUUAUUUCCAUCUAGGAGCAUUCUUGAGCUGAUGAUUAUGCUCAUUCUUUGUGUGCCGCCUCCUCUGACAGAAUGAGCGACAUUGGGCACAAUUUCCAUGUAAAAGAGCUCUGAAUGACGCAGUCAGCAGGUGGUCCUCCAUAGCUCAUUUCAACCAAUUAUACAGAUGGAGAGUGCCAUUCAGGCUUGAUCACUAUGAGUUUCUUUUGUCUUUCCACUCUCCUGAACAAGUUUGCAGUGUGAGCCGAGCCUCACGGUUAUCCCACACUUCACACGCCAGCCGGAUUGUUAUCUGCUGUUGUGGCAGCACGACCUGGAAAAAGGAUGAGAUCAGCUGUUCUCACAAGACAACAGAUUCUCAUAAAGCUAUUUGGUGUGAAGUGCAGAAGGUGUUCUCAUGGAGGAAAUGAUGGCCAGAGUAGGGUUUUAUCAGUGAAAUUGUGCUGUCAGAGCAGAGCAUCCAGAGUCUCAACAGGAGGGAGAAAGUGCCAGCAUUUGUCACUUUGAGGGGCAAGUGUUGCGUUGUGAUGCAUUGGUACCUUAAGUUAUUCAUUUGACAAGAUGCCAUAGCUGUAAAUGCAUUACUCAACAGGUCUACUGGGCACAGACGGGCCCUGGGGUCACGUGACCCACUGGAGAACUUCUGUUUGAACAUUUCGGUACCACAAAGAGACACAAAACGACUGAAAAGAGACACGAAAUAACCACAAGGAAAUUGAUAAUUAACACAAAGAGACAGAUGAGACACAGAACUACAAAGAGAUGGAAAACUGAAAAAAAACAUUUAAAAUUACUGUUUACAAAACAGACAAAUGCAAAAUAAAAACUACAAAGAGACAAAAAAAAAAUUAUAAAUAGAUGCAAUAUGACCUCAAACAGCCACAAAGGGGGACAUUGUGUCUCUUUCAGUCUGGGUGUUUUGCUCCUGUGCAGGACAUGUGUAGUAUGGAGUCAUAGGAGUGCCUUUGUAAAGAAUAAAUCUGUUUAAAUAGA